CAUUCAAGUCAGGUUGUACAAUAGCUUGUUUGUACCUUACGUAUUGCACAUGUGUCCCUUCCUCGAAUCAUCUAUCCGUAGUAGAAUCUAGAAGGCCGUUUCUAGUCUUUGAACAGGAACAAGCAGCAGUAGCCACCCAUCAUGCAGUAGGCUAUUUAGAAGCUACACAUAUUUAAAUCGCAAUAGAAGGACCCUGCAUCUUGUCACCUACUUCUCUCACACAUAUAUUGAACCUAAAUAUCUCUCUACAUAUCUGUUCAACCUAUCAGAUACUUUAAUUCCUUGGUCCUUUUUCUAGACUGGCACAGAACCCCUCCUUGCCACAGAGGACCCCGCCCUUUUCGCUCCAGUUAACAAGAGUUAACAAGACCUACAUACAAGCCGACCCAUCAGUCGAUUACUCUAUCCCUACCUCAUUUCGAUAAAUCGAUAUCACAACACCGUAUCAUAUCUCAUCACAUUACAUCGCCAAGUAAAAUCUGUACGUAUGGCAGAUUUCGCGCCACCUACGGGCCCGCCGCCCCCUAAGGUACCAGCUGGUUGGGUCGCCCGCUGGAACGACCAGUACAGUGAAUGGUUCUACGUCAACUCAUAUACCAAGAAGUCGCAAUGGGAGAAACCCACCGAGCCUGCCCUCGAUCCGAACGGUCCAGACGGCAUGCCCCCAGGCCCUCCUCCGGGAUACUCCCCCGGUUCCGGUCCCACACCUAGCGAUUCCAAGUCUGCGACCGGGCACAACAACCCCUUCAUCAACGAGUCCACGAAACCCGGCUCCAGCACUCACGUUGACGAGGACGCCGACGCGCGAUUAGCGCGGCAGCUGCAAGAGGAAGAGAACGCCCGUAGUAUGGGAGGAGGCACUGCGUCAUCGUACGCUAGCACCCCGGUGCCGGGCCAGGGUUACUCGUCUUAUCCAGAUCAACUGCCCACGCGAGGUUCUGGCAGCGGGACUACCGACAAGGCAAAGGGCCUUCUAGGGAAGUUCUUCGGCAAUAAGAACAAGCAGCACGGCGCGGGCGGAUAUGGUGGAGGAUACGGCGGCGGAUACCCCGGACAGCAAUACCCUCCCCAGCAACAGUACGGCGGCUACGGCACACCCCCGCCACAGCAGGGCUAUUACCAAAGCCCCCCGCCUCAGGGCCAGUACGGAGGAUACGGCGCACCUCCACCGCAGCAGUAUGGCGGGUAUGGAGGUUACCCUCCGCAAAACCAGGGCGGGUACUACGGCCAACAAGCCCCGCCUAAGAAGUCCGGCGGUAUGGGUGCUGCCGGAGGAGCGGCGCUGGGUCUGGGCGCUGGUUUGAUCGGAGGUGCGUUGAUCACCGAUGCGAUUGAAGACCACGAACAGGACGCAUACCAGGAUGGUUACCAGGAUGGGCAGGACAAUGACUAUGGCGGUGGUGGCGACGACUUUGGUGGUGGUGAUUUCUAAGGUUCUCUAGGACCGACUGAGAUUAUGGGAAUAUGGCAUUUGUGAUUCUAGGGCUGUGUUUAUAUCGCAAUGUGUUUUUAACCUUUACACCCGUAUGCAUACUUCUCAGAGAUAUGGGAAGGGGAGAAGGAGAAUGAACAGGUUAGACUGGAGAUUCAAGAAAGGAAGCAAUAAGCAAUAAGCAUGCAUACGUUGAAUUAUGAAUGAUACGAGCCAGAACCGGCAAUAUAAAUGGGAUGAGAAAUAAAUAAGAAAAAGCAGACGGAUGUAUGUAAAACGUGAAAUUUCGGCUUGUCUAGCA